GGGGCUGUUCCAUAAAAGCAGCUUAGAAAAGCGGGGAUUAAAAUCCAAAACCUGACUUGAAUGAGCCGAGCUAAACAUCCGCGCUUAAAUUGGUUCCAUAACAGUAAGUUGAGGAUCAUGUGAUUUUACUAAUUUGAGUCAGGUUUAAAUAGUCUAGAUAAUUGCGCGUGCACGCCAUUGUUUAAAAGUCCUGAAAAGUCGAGCAUGGGUCAAUCGAUUUACUGUGGGCUACCAUGGCAACAAAAGGAAAAGAUAGAGCAGCGAUGUUCACGGCAACGGAACAGCGUUUGCUAUUGGAAACAUAUGAAGAAUUUAAAGAUGUCAUCACCAAAAAAGGCAAUACAGCGGCAAUAAAUAAAGCAAGAGAGAAAGGUUGGCAGGAAAUUGCUGAUCGUCUCAAUGCCAGCAACUUAAGUGAAGGAAAAAGAACCUGGCAGCAGGUGAAAAUAAAAUAUAAAAAUAUAGUUCAGAAUGCGACCAAAAAGAAGACUGAGGUUGCUGGCACUGGGGGAGGGCCACCACCAGCCAGCUUCACUCCUGCAGAGGAGCUGGCUUUGGAAAUUAAUAAAGGGAGGCCCGUCCUUGAGGGAAUAGAGGGGGGGACAUCAUCUAAAAUGAUAUCACGUAGUAUAAGGAGUGAGUAUAUAAAAGAUUCUGUAUGCUGUAUGGAUCCACCAGACAUCAUGUUGCCUGUGAGUAUGAGACCUUUUAAAAAGACAUGUAAGCUAAUGAUUUUAACUGAGUUUAAUCAGUGGUCACAGGGAGAAGUGAUGGGAGUUGAGGAGGAUGAGGAGACUGUGUCUGUAUGUUCAAGGAGGCCUGAGGAUGCUGACACUGUUCUAGAGCCCUCUCAGUCUGGGACCACAUGUGACAAAAACCCAGAAAACAUAAAAGGAGUGUAUAAACGCUACCUCCUUAAACAAAUGGAAGCGAUUGAUAUCGACAUCCAGUAUAAAAAACUGAAGAUGAGGAAGUUGGAGCUGGAAAUUCAACAGCUACAGAAAAAUGCAAGUAGAACUACCAUUUUUAAAAAAGGAAAAGGAAAAAAAAAAAGACCUUUUUGAUCACUUUCCACAACAUUUAUUUGUGUGUUUUCACCCCUAACAGGCAGAUUCACUCUGAAUAAAGACAAAUCACAUUAUAUACUUUGACUUCUGUGUGUUUGUUCAACUAAGGAGAAAGUUGAGGGGCCAGUGGAACAUUUUAAAGGCUACACAUGGUUUAGAUCAUAUUAAGCAAAAUAAUUAUUUGCAUAUGUGUCUCGUAUAAGUCUGCCUGUUUCGUUUUCUUCCAAUACUGCCUCAUUGCCCCAGUCUUCCUCUUCAGCAAUCCUUGGUUGCCUCUCUCUCCUCAGACAAGCAAUGUCAUGGAGCACUACACAAGCAACUACAAUGUCACAUGCCCUAGGUGGAGUCACUCUGAGGUGCUUCAGGCACUGAAACCUUGACUUUAUCAGCCCAAAUGCCAUCUCUAUACGACCUCUUGUGCGUGCAUGGGCAAUGUUGUAGUGGUGCUGUGCCUCUGUCUGGGGCUCCUGAUAGGGAGUCAAGAGGUAAGGCAGGCAUGGGUAUCCCUUGUCUCCCAGCAAAACUCCUGAGAAUUCUCCUGCAUAGACAGAAUGAAUAUAUAGAUAUAUAAUGUUUUUUUUUUUUCUUUUUAUAAGACUUUUUGCAAUUUUAAGUGAUUACUAGCAUACCUCUUGCUAGUUGCUGGUAGAGAGAUGAGGCUCUAAAGAUUCUGGAGUCAUGCACAGAGCCUGGCCAUUUGGCCUCUACAUUUGUGAUGAUGCAAUCUGCAUCACUAAUCAUCUAAAAUAAAUUUAAACCUGUAGGUCACUACAUUUUAAUUGCAAUGAACUAAACACUGGUGCCCAGCUUAGUACAGAACACUCAGUGCUAGAGCAUAGCCUUCAAUAUCAUCUCA